AUGGACCCAGACCGGUUUCUCAUCUUGGAGAAUCUGCCUCAAGGUGUGUCACCGCGGCAAAGAAUGCUCCAGAUGUCAAAAGCUCGCUCUCAUGCCAGCACUAUUGGUCGUCAAAGGGCACUAUCAGAGCGGAAGGCUCUGAGUAUGGGCCCCAAACACUCAGAAACUCGAUCAAAACCUCGCAUUGCUUGGGCGGGUGCUUACCGAAUAGGCCCUUCCCCUCAAAACGCCCGUCAACACGUCACAAAAAGGCCGACGGGCGGGGACUAUCAAGUGAUGAAAAGUCCAUUGCCUUCACACGUCGAACUUGUGCCGAGUGCGCCAAAACUGCUCACAAUUCCAGGUUCUCCCCGCUUGCGAAACGGCAAACAGACGACAAGCGACCAACAACCCCGUUCGCUUGAAGAUGACCCUCUCCCUGAGCAAGGCACCAGUUCCAGGAGCUCCAAAAUUCCCACUUCCACAUCAGGAUCGUCCUCACCAAGAACAUUUCAACUAGUGCAGUAUGAUCCUCUCCGAAAAACGACACCAGAAAGUAUCCAUGCUGUCCGUUCCAAUGCUGUUCGAUACCAAUGGAAACGAUCCAAAGCAGUGCGGCCUAGAGGAAGGAAGACCAAGGUACCAGAAACCACAGGCUUACCUUCAGAAAACGCCAAAAAAAGCCAGAGGAACCGGCUUGUGGAUCUGGGUGAAUUUGUUGAGACUGACACCGAGUCUCGCCUAAGGCUGGUCAAAGUACCUGCCCCAGGCAAUGAUAGCUCACUCCAACCCGGUGGCUAUCCCACAGAGCUCCCCUCCGGCAGUGUGGCACCUUUAUAUCACCUGGUAUACGAAGUCACUAACCGCACCUUCGUCGGCAAUCAAGCACGAACCAUGAAUAUGAUGGCAGGUCGAUACGUCCAACAGAUGCGAUCACACCCGGCUUCAUUUCAUGCUGCGGUCUGGGUUUGUGCCAAGGGUAUGAUUGACCGAACGUCAACCAACGCUGCAGUUCGCAAACAUACACGGCUUUUGGAUUUAUGUCACAAUAUUGCUGUGAAAUCAGUAAUUCAGAUGAUUUCUGAUCUUGCAGAUCCCAACUACAUGGCUCCACCUAAUGCAUUAGGUAUGCUCUGUUCUGCAAUGCAGUCUCUUGCGCUGGGAACGACGGAGAAUGUUGCUUUGCGUGUCGUCAAGUCAGGACCAAGGCAAAGCACCUUGACCAAACUUCAAAAUCUCGACCUUUUUGGGAUUGCACCUCGCUGGUUGAAUUACCAUGAAGAAGCCGCCAGAAAGAUAUUGGAUACUAAUCCACAUCAAAUCGAUCCAUUCUGGAGUGGUCUGAGGAUAUGUCAAACACAGAACGACAUAAUUUCGUCGUGUCGCACAUUGACAAAGCCCCGAUCGCCCUGUUCAUUUCUCAAUCUCGACUUCCCUGCCCUCUACAACCAAGUCAUCUUCCAGCUGAGGCCGAAGGACUCUCCUGGAUUUCUGAGAUAUGCGGCCACUCUGGGUCCUGCCCUGUCUGCACCUCUUCUAACCACGAUCACUCAAAUCUCUUCGUACAACACCAUUCAGGCAGCACUACUAUCAAACAGACUCUCCUGGUUUGGCGUUGAGUGUGUCUGUGACGCCAGAAAUUGGACGCAGCAUCAACUGAUGUCCCUACCCCUAGAAGACGACUUGUCCAUGCUGACUAGCAUCGACGACGCUGCCCUUUUCAGCGUCGUCCGCAAUGCAUUAAUUGUGUAUAGCUUCAUUGCAAUUUUCCCCUUGCCACUAACAACGGCACCCUUUCCAGAACUUGCUUUCAGACUGGAAGCAGGGAUUCUUCAAGUCCUUGAAGACAAUGAAUACACCGAAAUGACCUCACUUCUCCUCUGGACCUCGACCAUGGCCGCAUUGGCGGCGAUCGGAACACCUCGAAGGACUUCCCUCGUCGCGCUUGCCGCCAAAUUUUGUUUGAAGCUCAAUAUCUCGUCGUGGGAGUCGAUGCAAGCAAUUCUCCAAGAUUACCUAUGGUCUGAAGAUGUUAGUGACUUUGAUGGAAUCUUUCUAUUCCUCGAGAUCAGUAAAAAAAUGCUUGAAGAAGACGAUGAUUCCCAGUGGGAUGAGGAAUGA